UGCUGCUCUUCUCUCAAGGCGCGGUUCCACUCGCACGGCCAAUUUUCAAUAUUAAAAUACCCACGAUAUUAUAACGAAAAUCGAUUUAUUAUUUCGGAAGGUGGUAAUCGAUUCGGGGAUGGUCGUAAGAGGAGCUGAAGAGAGUUAAGUGCCAGAGUGCAGUCAGUCCUGGAACCUUUCUUCCCUGCCCCUCCAGACCUUUCCCCCAUCCAAGCUGCUGUCUUGUACCCUUUGCCUUUGGACCUAAAACGCACUCAGUCCUGAAGACACACAUAUACGCAUUUAGACACCUCACCGCCACCCCCAACUUGCCAGGAUGAUCACCUCAGAGCUCCCUGUCCUACAGGACUCAUCCAAUGAGUCUGGGGCAACAGAUGCAGUGGGCUUAAGUAUGAGCAUCGGUGAGAUAGAAGAUCCAGAGGCGAAAGGAAAGAAGAAGAGAGGGAGGCCUGGAAAACAAGCUCCGGCCAAUAAGAAGCCCCGGAAGUCGCCAACAGAGAAAUCCGUUGGCAUACCAAGAGGGCGAGGGAAAGCCAACGGUGUGGCUCAACAUAAUGGAGACGGUGGAGACCCCGUCACCCUGUUCGAAGUGGUUAAACUGGGCAAGAGCGCCAUGCAGUCUGUGGUUGAUGAAUGGAUCGAGUCGUAUAAACAGGACAGAGACUUGGCUCUGCUGGACCUCAUCAACUUUUUCAUCCAGUGCUCAGGUUGCAAAGGCACUGUGAGGAUUGAGAUGUUCAGGAACAUGCAGAACGCCGAGAUCAUCCGCAAGAUGACUGAGGAGUUUGAUGAGGACAGUGGUGAUUAUCCUCUCACCAUGCCCGGGCCGAUGUGGAAAAAGUUCCGCUACAACUUCUGCGAGUUCAUCAGCGUUUUGAUCCGCCAGUGUCAGUACAGCAUCAUCUACGACGAGUACAUGAUGGACACAGUGAUCUCACUCCUCACAGGAUUGUCUGACUCUCAAGUCCGAGCCUUCAGACACACGUCCACAUUAGCAGCAAUGAAGCUCAUGACGGCGCUGGUGAACGUGGCGCUGAACCUGAGCAUCCACCAGGACAACACCCAGAGACAGUACGAGGCUGAGAGGAACAAGAUAGCCGGCAAACGAGCCAAUGAGAAGCUGGAACUGCUGCUACAGAAAAGGAAGGAGCUUCAGGAAAACCAAGAUGAGAUUGAGAAUAUGAUGAACUCCAUCUUCAAAGGCAUCUUUGUGCAUCGCUACAGAGACGCAAUUGCUGAGAUCAGAGCCAUCUGUAUUGAGGAGAUUGGAGUAUGGAUGAAGAUGUACAGCGAUGCUUUCCUUAAUGAUAGUUACCUGAAAUAUGUUGGUUGGACACUACAUGAUAGGCAAGGAGAGGUGCGUCUGAAGUGUCUGAAGGCUCUGCAGAAUCUGUACACAAACCGGGAAUUGUUCCCCAAGCUAGAGCUUUUCACCAACCGCUUCAAGGACCGUAUAGUAUCAAUGACACUGGAUAAGGAGUAUGAUGUGGCUGUGGAGGCCAUCAGAUUGGUCACACUCAUUCUGCAGGGCAGUGAAGACGCUUUGUCCAAUGAGGACUGUGAGAAUGUGUACCACCUGGUUUACUCUGCCCACCGGCCAGUGGCUGUCGCUGCUGGAGAGUUCCUGCACAGGAAAUUGUUCAGUCGUCACGAUCCCCAGGCAGAAGAAGCGCUGGCAAAGCGCAGAGGGAGAAGCAGUCCCAACGGAAAUCUCAUCCGCAUGCUAGUGCUCUUCUUUCUGGAGAGUGAGCUCCAUGAGCAUGCAGCCUAUCUGGUGGACUCGUUGUGGGAAAGUUCUCAGGAGCUGCUGAAAGACUGGGAAUGCAUGGCUGAACUUCUGCUGGAGGAGCCUGUGCAGGGAGAGGAGUUGUUGUCAGACAGACAGGAGAGUGCACUGAUAGAGCUGAUGGUUUGCACCAUCCGGCAGGCAGCAGAGGCACACCCGCCUGUUGGGAGAGGCACCGGCAAACGGGUGCUGACAGCAAAGGAGAGGAAGACCCAGAUAGACGAUAAGAACAAACUGACUGAGCAUUUCAUCAUGGCUCUGCCCAUGCUGUUGUCCAAGUACCAGGUAGACUCAGAGAAGGUAGCCAACCUGCUCCAGAUCCCCCAAUUCUUCGACCUAGACGUGUACAGCGCCGGGCGUAUGGAGAAGCACCUGGACGCCUUACUGAAGCAAAUCCGGCUCGUGGUGGAGAAGCACAUCGAGAUGGACGUGCUUGAAGCAUGCAGUAAGACCUACAGCAUCCUCUGCUCUGAAGAAUACACCAUCAUGAACCGCGUGGACAUCGCCCGCUCGCAGCUCAUCGACGAGAUGAGCGAUCGCUUUACACACUCUGUCGAAGAGCUGCUGCAGGAGGCUGAGGAGGCUGAUGAUGACGAUAUCUACAACGUUUUAUCUACUCUCAAGAGACUCACAGCCUUCCACAACGCUCAUGACUUGACGCGGUGGGACUUGUUCGGGAACUGCUACCGGCUGCUGAAGGCCGGUAUCGAGCAGGGCUCCAUGCCAGAGCAGAUAGCCGUCCAGGCCCUGCAGUGCUCCCACUAUUCCAUCCUCUGGCAGCUGGUCAAGAUCACAGAAGGGGCUCCCAGCAAGGAUGACCUGGUGGCUCUCAGGAGAGUAGUGAAGUCUUUCCUGGCUGUGUGCCAGCAGUGCCUGUCCAACGUCAACACACCAGUCAAAGAACAAGCGUUCAUGCUUCUCUGCGACCUGUUGAUGAUCUUCAGUCACCAGCUGGUCUCUGGCGGCAGGGAGGGCCUCCAGCCACUGGUCUUCAACCCAGACAGCGCUCUGCAGAACGAGCUGCUUAACUUCGUCCUGGACCACGUCUUCAUCGACCAGGAUGAUGAGAGCCAGAGCAUGGAAGGAGACGAGGAGGAUGAGGCCAACAAGAUCGAGGCUCUCCACAAGAGGAGAAACCUGCUCGCUGCUUUCUGUAAACUCAUCAUCUAUGACAUCGUAGACAUGCCUGCUGCUGCCGACAUCUUCAAACACUACAUGAAGUACUAUAAUGAUUACGGCGACAUCAUCAAGGAAACUCUGAGUAAAACCAGACAGACGGACAAGAUUCAAUGUGCCAAGACGCUCAUCCUCAGUCUGCAGCAGCUGUUCAACGAGCUGCUGCAGGAUCAGGGUCCCAACCUGGACCGAACAUCAUCUCAUGUGAGCGGCAUCAAGGAGCUGGCCCGACGCUUCGCCCUCACCUUCGGCCUGGAUCAGAUCAAAACCAGAGAGGCUGUCGCCACGCUGCACAAGGAUGGAAUAGAGUUUGCAUUUAAGUACCAGAAUCCUCGGGGUCCAGAGUUUCCUCCGAUCAACCUGGCUUUCCUUGAGGUCUUGAGUGAAUUCUCCUCCAAACUAAUCCGCCAAGAUAAGAAGACAGUCCACUCUUAUCUGGAGAAGUUCAUGUCGGAGUCGAUGUCGGAGCGUCGGGAGGACGUGUGGCUGCCGCUGAUCUCCUACAGGAACAGCCUGCUGACGGGAGGAGACGAGGACCACAUGUCUGUCACGUCGGGCUCCAGCAGCAAGACCGGCUCAGUCCGCAGCAAGAAGGGACGACCGCCAAUACACAAGAAACGCAUCGAGGAGGAGAGUAGUGUGGAGGGCUCGUGGCUGAUGCGUAAUGACACCUUACAAACACCGGGGGCGCUGCAGACUCCUCAGCUCACCUCGACAGUCCUCAGAGAGAACAGACCAGCUGAACACUUGCCAGACCCCGACUCAGAACCCGGAUCAGAGAACGACUUCGUACACAAUCCUCAGAUGCAGAUGUCGUGGCUCGGCCAGCAGAAGAUGGAUGAGGUGAGCAGGAAGGACCGGACGGCUUUGAACUACAUCAAGUCACGCAGCAAUCAGGGUGUCCGGCAGACUGUGCGCGGGCUGAUGGAGGAUGACGCAGAGCCGAUCUUCGAGGACGUGAUGAUGUCAUCGCGAGGUCAGCUGGAGGACAUGAAUGAGGAAUUCGAAGACACUAUGGUGAUCGACCUGCCGCCAUCAAGGAACAGACGUGAAAGAGCAGAAUUAAGACCAGACUUCUUUGACUCUGCAGCGAUGAUUGAGGACGAGUCGGGAUUCAGCAUGCCCAUGUUCUGAUCUGGGGAAGAGGCAAAAGAUCCUAAGAUCAGGAUCCAAAUCAGGACUAAACAGAAGAGAGGUUUUGGGCCGUCUAACCCAGAUCACCUGCCAAUCACACUCUUAAGAAGAAGAAAAAAAACAUUGUCAAAGUACUUUUCUCUUUCUGUAAGACAUGAUGGAAGGAUAUUUGUCAAGCGGAUCUGCUGAUGGAUCCCGCGUCGGCUGGAAGCGCCGAGUUGAGGAUCCGCUCUGUUCUUUCAGGUUGGGCCGGAGGAUUCAGAAUCUAGUACAGAUUAUUCAAGAGCUUCACCCUGCUCCUCUUCUUCUUCCUCCUCCUCCUCCUCCGCCUCAUGUCGGUUUAGCUCUGAUGGCGCUCUUGCCAAGUAAUCCUGCAGCUCCGGCCGAAAAGUACCUGCAGUUUUUACGGUUCCCUGUUACACAGAUUUACAGUUGUUUGGUUUCGCUCCUUAUCAGCAGCACAGAGCAGCGUAACACUCUGUACAGCCCCUUCCAACCCCCCCACCCCCCUCACACACACACACACACCCUUCCUUUGUUGUCGCACUUCGAUCCGUCUGGUUAAAUCCGACAUAAAGUGGAUCUCAACACUAAAUGUUCUAUAUCUUUGCUCUUAUUACCACCCACCAACCCCCCCUCUUUUCUCUCCUCUCUCUGUUUGCCAUCUGAGUCCUUGUAUGCGGUGGUGGUGCUUCUGGUGCGUGACGUGUGUGUGUAAAGUGUUGGCGAUGAUGGUUCAGUGGUCACACGUGAACACAAGAGGUCGACAAUACACGUAGGCCGACUCGGAAGAAACGAUGUAACUGUCUUGUGUGCGUGUGUGCGUGCAAGCGUUGUCAUUUGACGAUGAAGCCACACCCCACCGACCUCGGACAAAAGAUCCACCCCUCAGAUCUUGGAAACAUUCUGCACACACACACACACACACACACACACACACACACACACACACACACACACACACACACAGACACACACAGACACACAGAUAACAGCUUUUUAAAGUAAAAAAAAGUUUUAAAAAAAGACAAUAAACAUAUUUUGAAUUCUGUAGCUUUAGUACUAAAGUUUUAAAUCAAGUGUGUUUUUGUUUUUGUCUGAUGUUUGUACAGGUUUUUCUUGAAUAUGUAUCUUGUUCGUUGCCAAAUUGUGGCCUACAUACUUAUAUUCCAGACCCCACCCCCACCCCUAUCCCCCAACCCUAUCCCCCAACCCUGUAUCUCAUAUCUAAUGGUUACUAAACUCAGAUUGUUGCCGUGGGAUACAAGCUUUUAAGCGCUGUAUGGUCUGAUUGUAAUCGUUUUUCAUGGUUCAGUAUUACAGCAGAUUCUUUGUUGGGUUUGUUCAUUUUUCUGCUGAUAUCGAAGUUUUUACACGUGCAAACAGUGUUAAACUGAUCCAAGGAGUUUAAAGAUUUGUUGUUCUCAUCUUUCAUAUCCAGUGCAGUGAUGGAUCUUUUAUGUCUGACAGAUUUGUUUGAAUGUGGUUAUGUGUCCAGCCAUAUCUUUUUACUCACCCGCUGUUGGUUAAUCAAUCAUUUUACAACUUUUUUCUCCCAUUGGCUGGCUCGGCAGUCCUCGUGUAAAUAUCAGAGACAAUUGGAUCUUUUCUGCAGUGCAGUAGACAUCAGUUGCCCUAAAAUGCUCUAAAAGCCUGUUUUUUUUUUCUGUGAACCUAAAUUCUUUUUAAUAAAAUAAAAUCUGUAAUCAAUUUAUGGACCGAUGUUUGUGUGUGCCUUUGUUUUUGCAACUUUUUGUACUGUUUUCAUAGUAGACUAUAACUGUAAAGCUUGACUGCUCAUUUUAAGCCUUGAAACAAUCUCAAGGCCCCACUUCCUUACUUGUUUUGGAGUUUUCAAAUGAAUGACAUUUGCUCAGUUGCCAUGGAGCUGUUGAUGUUUCAUUAUUCUUGAGCACCUCUAGACUUCCCGUUUCCUUGAAGUGUUCAAAGGCAAACUCAAUCUGCAAAUUCGAUCGCGUGAUUCGGUUGAAAGCUCAGAAACAAAUGAAUACUCGACCUUGAGUUUUUGAUUGUUUUUCUAACUGAUACUGUACACUGGUUCUAAUCUGUACCGUUGUUUCUGUUUUGAUAUGAAGGAAUUGAAGGA